CCGUCUUCGGUUACUCCACCCUGCCCCUCCCAUCCCUCCACCUCUUCCUCCGCCUCUUCUUCCAACGCCGGAGCCACCUCCGCGUUCUCCUCUUCUCUCCCUCCCUCUCCCUCUCUCUCUCCCCCUCUCUCUCUCCCUCUAUCUCUUUUCCUCCCUCCCUCUCUCUCUUUCUCCUCCCUCCCUCAUUCCUUUCCUCCUCCUCGCAGCCCCGCUGUCUUUCCCCUCCCUUUCACCUCUGAAUGAGCAAGCUUUUGCCUCUAAAAGUCACAAGUAAUCAGAGAGAGGGGGAGAAAGAGAAAGGAGAGGAGAGGCACACACUGGACACACACAGAAAGAGAGAGAGAGAGAGAGAAAGAGAGAGAGAGAGAGAGGGAGGGAGGGAGAGAGGGAGAGGGACUGCCUAGACUUGAAGUGCGUCUGGGAGAGGAAACUUGAUGCGUCUGUGUCACGGAUUACCAGGGCCUCCAUCUAGACGCCAAAAGGAGACUGUUUGUGUGCUGUGCCCGCGUUCUGAUAUGAGUGGAUCCUGUCUUCUGCGUAGUCCUCUAUUCCUGUCCGGCUGGAUUUGGGGACCAACCCUGCCUGGCGCAAGGAGAUCGAAUGAUACUGCAAAGAAGCAAAAAAUGAAUAACUAUCCAACCAAAGACCUGGGGCAGCAGCUCACCAGCAAGAUGGCAUCUUCUCCUCCCCAGCCUAGAAGCCCUGUGAAAUCGAGGAUCUUCCCCUUAAAACACUCACAUACAAGAUGUGUACAAUCAAGCUGCCACCACUUGGUAAAAAGCUCAUGCUGCUUAAACCCAAAAGAUCCGGGAGCUGUCACUUCUGUAGAAGGGGAUUUCUUUCCCCUUCCUCCUAAACCUGCGCUGGACAUUGCCAUUGGCUUUACACAUCUCUAUAGAGGAAGGCUAAAGAAAGAGUCUUGCGUGAGAAUGAAGCAAUUUACAAUGCAAAUAGAGGCCUGUGAAGGGAUGGAUGCUGCAAUCACUCCUAACAGCUUCUGCACCUUAAAUAGCCGGUCUUGUUUUCUGAUAUUAAUAGAUGAAGUGUUGGCUCACGAUGGCCGGAGAUGACUUUCGGAAAGGGGAAAAGUUUGGAAUGAACUCUGAAGGCAACAGAUCUCAUGUGGAUGUUUCAGCUGGGCGCGCGUGCACACACAACAGAAACCAGGUCAUAUUUACUUAAAAGGAGGAAUCUUAACGGGGCCAGUAUCCUGCAGGACUCUUACUCUUCGGUAUUGCCAGAGAGCUUCGGGAUGUUGGAGUGUGGCCAGAGGAAGCCAGAGUGCUGUGAGGGAAGUGAGUUGUUAUCUUUGGUUAUCUAGCUGUAUGAGUGUAUUGGUCUUCAUAAAGCUAGAUAACCGAAAGUAAAAACUCCUUCAAGAUCGCCGGGGAGCGUGGUUGAGAAUGAAAGACUUCAAACAAGACAGUAAAAACCAGAAAGGUCAGGAAUACUUAUUGAAUCUAACUUUGUUUUGUGUUGUUUUUCCUUGUGGUUAAAAGUGGGAUGUGAAGAAAUUAAGUGCCACACAUAAUGCUGCAAUCUAAAGGCACCAGGCUUGAAAGGGGUUGAUAGAGCUCUACAGGAGAAUUGUGUAGCCACAAUGAGUAAAGAUGCACGUACAGCUUCCUCUAUCUUAUGGCAAAAGUUUAUAUUACAGGGACCUCUUCUUGUUGUUGUUAGAAAGCUUUUGUAGAGAUCUCUGAUACUCGGUUUUUAAAUGAUUCUAUAAUUAUGUAGAUGUGGGCAGUUCCCUUCUGAGUCCCCUCCCCCCAAGUCUGAAGCUUGUUCUUGGAAAUUACUUCCAAUGUAUUGGGACUGUACAUCAAUUUCUUUGAAAGUAGACUUUCAGAAAAGUUUAUAUUGGAGGGUUAGUAACUUAUAUCUACUGAGGACUUAGAACUAGCAUGGAAAAUGAAAAAAAAAAAAAAAAACAACCCAGCAAAGCCUGAUUUUUAUUCUUCUAUUCAAAAUGCAAGGACAGAUGCUUCUCUGUUCCAAGAGGGUUUCCUUGAGGACGGUACUGAAGCAGAAAGACAUGAUGGAGACGAGAUCGCCUCCCCUCUUGUCAAAGUGUUAAAAAAAUGUUCUGUCUUACUCUGCGUCUAGCAUUGGAAAUGAAAGUGACAUUUACGCCACAACCCACGUGUGCGCCUCCUCUCUUUUUGUUUAAGGAUGAUCAGGUCUAUCCAGGAAACAGCUCUGGCAUCCCAAACUGAAAUAAUUAGGACGUAUAUAGACCUGACAAAAAUGGAAAGGGGGUGGGGAAUCGGAGGGUCUGUCUUGCCUAAUUGAUUCCGCUAAACGGAAUGCAGGAGAUGUGAACGGCAGGACGCUCCGAUUCCCACGCUCGGGGGCAAGUGGUAAAGCGGCCGGCAGCCUAUGACAGACAGCCCUGUUGGGGGGUAGGGGUAUGAAAAAAAACAUCAAGCGCACACACUAUACUCAUCUCCAUCGCUUAAGAAAGUAAAGGCAUUUCCCACCCACAGCCAUCUGCAGCCUUCCAAAUGGCAACGCCAACUGGUGUGGAGCUGCUACAUACUGUCUGUUUCUGGUAAUUUUUUAACGACUGUUUUUAUCUGGCCAGGAUUAAAUUGGGCUUUCUUCUUUGGUGGAGAUUUUCAUUUCAAACUAGUAGAAAGUGAUUCUAAGACAGUCCCACUGCUGCCUGCUCCUCCCCUGAUGUGAAACCCUCAGUUUGUAUCCAGUGGCCUUUCUGCUUCUUGUUUGUGCUGUAUUACAUAUGAAAGUACACAUAUCGAUAGAAUACUUUAUUUUGACCUCCUUAGGUAGGCUGUUUACUUCCUAGUGUGACGCACCCAGGAACUUGACCUGCCUAGGCUCAUAGACACACAACUAGAAGUAAAACUAUGAGGUCAUCAGUCAAUAGAAAGUUGAUGACAACAACAGUGUGUUAAAAGUUGUUUUGGAAUAGUCUUAGCUAGAUGUGUUCUAAAUAGUCAUUUUAAUUUAGUCUAAAAAUAACUAGGCUGAGCAUAAACUUUGGGGUUUUGGAAGAGCCAAUUGUAAUCCUUUCCUGAAAAUGCUUCUAUUUUGGCACAUGUUACCAGACAGAUAGUUGUAGAGGCAUUUGUCCAUAAAUGCAACCAUUGCAAUAAAAAGCUGUCCAAAAUAGCCUGUUAUCUCCCACAUGGCCUAGAUUACUGACACUCCCAAAUACAUACUUUUUCUUCAGAGACUGUUCAUUUGGCCAUCUAGUACCAAGUUCUUUUGAGACUUUAGGUUGGGAAAGUCUGUGGAAUCAUUGUGAUUUCACUUGGAAACUCCAGGAGACUUUGGUAACAUAAAUUCUCAAGUUGGCUGCUGCACACGUGCCAAAGUUUUACGGCAGCUGUGCCUGUGGAGAAGACCCUUGUUUAUUUACAUUUGAAGCACUGUUUGUGCAAACAACCUUUCAUUGUGAAGUGCCUGUAUUCCUUUCAUUUGCUUCAUGUCCAGGGGUGCUAUUUACCUAGAACCAUUGUCUACUACAAUUAACAUUUACAUUACAAAGUGUGUGGUUUUCUUUCUCAAGGAGGUUCAAUUAAGGCAAUAAGAUGUUUGCUGGGAAACCUAUUGUUUACUGAAAGCACUCAAUGGAGUCAAAUUACUGAAGCUUUUGCCUACAUCUUGGUCUUUUAUGUAAAUAUGUUAAAUAUAACAUCUAAGGAAAAUAAACAAUAUUAAAAUUAUAUGUUUGCCAUUGUCAUAUCAAACUUGCUUUGUAUCAUGCUAAUGUUACAUAACUUAUCAACCAAUAAAAAUGCAUUUCAAUGUUA